CCCAGACAAAGAGCGAGGGACGGAAAGCGUUCAGACUGAAAGCGGCUAAUGAAGAGGGUGUUUUCCUUACUCGUCUGGAGCUUCUGGUGCCCACAGCCUACCCCUUCCUUUCCCUAAUUUGAGCCUCAGAACCUCCACUCUGGCGGCAGGAGUUCGGUCCAGCCCACAUUUUCCCAUUUCAGUUUUGCCUCGGAAGCCUUCCUUAGUUUCACCCCUGAUUUAAAAAAAAAUUGUUAAGUGAGGAGAGAGAACUAGAUUAUCGGUUUGUUGAAACAUAGUAAGUUUAAAUGUUGAGCCGGUUGAUACCAGAGCUAAUGGUUUUUGUUUACCGAAAAUAUUGAAUUUAAAUAAGAUUAGGCCGUAAACCUAUUUCUGUAACUUUCAGUUCCCUGCUACAGUGUUCCUUUACUCUUUGUCUUCAUCGUGUGUAUUCAGUUAGCAACCUGUGGUGUUUUUUUUUUUUUAUUAACAUGCUCGUGAAGAAUUUCUUUUAUUAUUACUAGUUUUCAUCUGCUGAUCAUCCUAUGUUUAUCAGAUGCUUCGUAUUUAUUGUUAGAUUAAUCCUUAUAAUCUACGAAUUAAAAGCCUCCUCAGUGCCUAAGAUGAGAUCUGAAGAAUGAGUAGUUGUUAUCCAAGGAAAGAAAAGCGGUAAGAGUGCUCUGGUGUCACUUUUUCCACUUCAAAAAGGUUGGAAGUGGAAGGAGAGGUUUAGUAUUGAAAGGAGUUCAGUAUGACUGGAAAAUUGUGAAUUUGUGUGUUGGUGAGGAGGGGUACAGGUGCUGGGAGAAAAAGUCUGGAGAUAAAGCAGAGACAUGGUAAACUGGAUUAAGGAGUUUGCAUUUUUUUAAUGUAAUUAUUUAUUUUGAGAGCGACCAUGCGAGUGGAGUAGGAGUACAGAGAGGCGGGAGAAAGAAUCCCAAGCAGGGUCCUCGCUAUCAGCAGAGAACCCUUGGGUGGUAGGGCUUGAUCCUGGGAACAGGGAGAUCAUGGUCUGAGCGAAAACUAAGAGCCGCUCCCCCGAGUGAGCUACCCAGGCGCCCCAAGGAGUUUGAAUUUCAUUCUGAGAGCAAUAGAAUAUGAUCAAAGGGUGUUAAGCAGAUGAACAACACAAUCAGAUAGGCACUUUGGAAAAAUUACUGUAACUUUAGCAUAGAGAUAGUGUGAAAAUUGUUCUGAUGGUGAAAAGCCUAGAGAUAGGGAGCCUAGUAAGGAGGCUGAUAAAUAAAUCUUUAAUUGGUGUUGAUUCUUCCUCUUUUUGGCCAGAUUUUCUUCUUUUUGAAAAGUGUCCAGUUUGCCUUUUGGGAUAUCCUGUACCUUUUUUUUUUUUUGUAUGUCUUUUCUACAUGGAAGUCUUUCCACCACCAUCUUUCUUCUAUGUCCAAUAAGAUCACAUAUCUAAGAUCUUCAAGAUCACUUCUUAGUCCCUGAUCUAUUUCUUUGACUUGGUAUUCCCCAUUUUUUCAUAAGCUCUCUGUCUACCCAUUCAUCUCUUUCUAAGCAUCUUCUCUGCUCUUCUCUCCAUGUUCUUCCCUUAUUCUUGAGAACCCUGCCUCAGAAUGAAAAAUACUUUAUUGGCAUAAUGGUUUUUUCCCCCUAAGUGAAGUUUAAAAGGAGCUUUUUUCCUUAAAAAGAAAAAAAAAGAAACAUCAUUUUCUUCAUGAAGAUGAAAAUACAGGAAUAAAGAAACCCUGCGAAAGAAGAUGAAGAAAACCAGAGAAAGAGUCUACAACAGAGAGAGGGAAUUUGUGUAUAAAUUCAAAGUAGGAACUCAAUGCUUAGAACUGAGGGUACCUCUCAAAUUUCCUGUUCAAGAGAAUGCGAGUCAUUUACAUGGACGACUGAUGCUGCUGCACAGUUUACCAUGCUUUAUAGAAAAAGACUUAAAAGAAGCUCUGAGCCAAUUUAUAGAAGAAGAAUCCCUCAGAGAUUAUGAUAGAGAUGCUGAAGCAUCCCUGGAAGCUGUGAAAUCAGGUGAAGUUGAUUUACAUCAGCUGGCCAGUACGUGGGCCAAAGCUUAUGCUGAGACCACAUUAGAGCAUGCGAGGCCUGAAGAGCCCAGCUGGGAUGAAGAUUUUGCAGAUGUAUACCAUGACCUAAUCCAUUCUCCGGCCUCUGAAACUCUUCUAAAUUUGGAACAUAAUUACUUUGUUAGUAUCUCAGAACUGAUUGGUGAAAGAGACGUGGAGCUGAAAAAGUUACGAGAGAGACAAGGUAUUGAAAUGGAAAAAGUGAUGCAGGAAUUGGGGAAAUCACUGACAGAUCAAGAUGUAAAUUCACUGGCUGCUCAGCAUUUUGAAUCCCAGCAAGACUUAGAAAAUAAAUGGUCAAAUGAAUUAAAACAAUCAACUGCCAUCCAAAAACAAGAAUAUCAGGAAUGGGUGAUAAAACUUCAUCAAGACCUAAAAAACCCCAACAACAGCUCCCUCAGUGAGGAAAUUAAAGUUCAACCGAGUCAGUUCAGAGAAUCCGUAGAAGCAAAUGGAAGGAUUUAUGAGGAGCAGAGAAAGUUGGAAGAAAGUUUUACCAUUCACUUAGGAGCCCAGUUGAAGACCAUGCAUAAUUUGAGAUUGCUGAGAGCAGAUAUGCUGGACUUCUGUAAGCACAAAAGAAAUCACCGAAGUGGUGUGAAACUCCAUCGACUCCAGACUGCACUGUCACUUUAUUCCACCUCUCUCUGUGGCCUGGUUUUACUUGUAGACAAUCGAAUCAAUUCAUAUAGUGGUAUUAAAAGAGAUUUUGCCACAGUUUGCCAAGAAUGUACUGACUUCCAUUUUCCCCGGAUCGAAGAGCAACUGGAAGUUGUCCAGCAAGUGGUACUUUAUGCUAGAACCCAACGAAGGAGUAAGUUGAAAGAAUCACAUGAUUCUGGAAACCGAAAUGGAGGAAGUGACGAUAAGGCUAAAAAUUCUGACAGGAACUAUUUAAAUAUUUUACCUGGAGAAUUUUAUAUUACACGGCAUUCUAAUCUCUCUGAAAUACAUGUUGCUUUCCACCUUUGUGUGGAUGACAAUGUGAAAUCGGGAAACAUCACUGCUCGAGAUCCUGCCAUUAUGGGACUCCGAAAUAUACUCAAGGUUUGCUGUACCCAUGACAUCACAACAAUAAGCAUACCUCUCUUGCUGGUGCAUGAUAUGUCAGAGGAAAUGACUAUACCAUGGUGCUUAAGGAGAGCAGAACUGGUGUUCAAGUGUGUCAAAGGUUUCAUGAUGGAAAUGGCUUCUUGGGAUGGAGGUAUUUCCAGGACGGUGCAGUUUCUGGUACCACAGAGUAUUUCUGAAGAAAUGUUCUAUCAACUUAGUAACAUGCUCCCCCAGAUCUUCCGAGUGUCAUCAACGCUUACUCUGACGUCCAAGCACUGAACCCUUAGAGACUGACACUCUGGCAGAAGACUGCCAAACUCUCCAGGAACCUGAGCUGUGCUGGGCUUCUGUCAAGCAAAAGAUGCCCGGAACGAGAACUUGCAAUCUAAGCCACAAAUCAAAUCAUGAUGUAUGUCUGUGAAACCUUCCAAAAAUUCAUAUACUGUAUAGUCUAGUGAUCAGCAUUUUACUUAUAUAUUUAUUCUUAAAAUGCCUUUUUGAAAGAAAUCUUUCUUUCUACUGUUAUGUCCUCUCUGUGAAUAUUAGUAAGUUAAAACAUCCUAUAUAUCAUAUCUGGACACUUGAUGUAGGAGAUUGUUGAUUACAUUUUCAUGGAGACAUUUGACUUUUCCAAAAGGUUUGAAUCCUAUCUAGUGCAAGACUUAAUCAGCCAUAUAAAUAAAAUCUUCCCUUUACCUUA